AAUAAGAAAAAUCCUUCUCUUUUUUAGUCUUCGACGGUGGCCUCCGGUACUCUCCAAAUACACGACCCACCAAAACCAAUUUCCCAACCUAGCCUCCGACCAAACCCUUCAUUCUUCAUCACAAUGGCGUCUCCGGUCACCGGUAAGCCUCUGAUCUCCGUGGCGCUGAUAGCUCUUCUUUCGUUUCUGCUGGUAUCGUCUUCUCUGGCAAGCUCAGACGUCCCCUUCAUGGUAGUACAGAAGAAGGCCACAUCCACCAGGAUCAAAUCAGGCGCCGAGAGCAUCUCCGUCUCCAUCGAUAUCUACAACCAAGGCUCCACGACCGCAUUUGAUGUAAGUCUUUCGGAUGAGAGUUGGCCUCAAGAUGUAUUUGACGUUGUUAAUGGCAACACUUCGCAUUCAUGGGAAAGACUUGAUGUUGGAGGUAUUUUAUCACACUCCUUUGAAUUGGAGGCCAAAAGAAAAGGAAUGCACUAUGGCGGACCAGCAGUCAUCACAUUUCGCAUUCCUACAAAGUCUGCUCUACAGGAGGCAUAUUCAACUCCAAUCCUGCCCUUAGAUGUCCUUGCAGAAAGAACUCCUGAGAAGAAGUUUGAAUGGGCUAAGAGGUUGCUAGCUAAAUACGGGUCUCUGGUUUCUGUGAUCUCCAUCAUUGUUCUUUUUGUUUACCUGAUUAUUACCCCAUCAAAGUCCAGUGCUGCCAAAGGUAGCAAGAAGAAGCGUUAAAUCAUUAGAGCUGCCAAGCGAAGGCAUCGCAUUUUCUGCUAACACAUCUUACUUGUGCUUAGUAAGAUUCUUUUUUGCGGUAUUUUCAACCCUUUUUGUUACUUUCACAGAUUGUAGUUUAUGAGCAAAGGGGAGAUGAGAGUUAUUGCUACACUAGUUUAUACACUUCGCAAUCAGUUACUGCUUUUCAAUGUUGGAUGAAUGCUAGCUUUUUGACUGCGUAUUAUUUGUUCCUA